AUGAUUCUGGCCCCUGAGGCCCCUAGCUCUGGGAUGCUGCAGAUCCUGGCGGCUCAGGAGAGGAACGCUGGCAUCUAUGCCUGCCGAGCUGUCGAUGAGUUGGGCGACACCUUGGCGGAUGUCUGGCUGGAAGUUGGACUUGAAUGCACCCAGCUGAAGGAGCUGCCCCGGGAUGUCACAAUGAAACUAGGGAGGAGUGCCCUCCUAGCGUGCUGGGCCACCGGCUGCUGCCCCAGACUCACCUGGCACCAUGGAGAUGGCCAGCCACUGGGGCCCAGGCGGGGCAGCAGGACUGGGCAGCCUGAUUCAGGAGUGCUGUUUUUUGAAAGUGUGGUCCCUGAAGACCAGGCCCUGUACGUCUGUGAUGCUCAAAAUGUCUUUGGGAAGGUGCAGGCAGAAGCCUGCCUCAUCGUGACUGGACACGACCCCCCACAGAUCGCCAGCAGCACCUCCACCGUCCGGGUGCUGGAGAGGCAGCCUGUGUGCCUGCCCUGCAUCAUCCUGGCUGGGAGGCCCCACCCCGAGAGGUGCUGGCUCAAGGCCGGCCGGGUCCUUGGCCGGAGGACCUUGUGCUUCAUUAGUGCUGUCGCUGAGCAGCAGCCGUUUUUUUAUGAAAUUGGUUUGUUUUUAAAAGUGCCACCUAGAAUCCAGCCCACUGCCACUCACCAUAUCACUAGUGAAGGGGUUCCAGCCUCUGUCCCCUGUGUAGCCUCAGGAGUUCCCACACUCAUCACCUGGACCAAGGAAACCAAUGCCCUGGCUUCCAGGAAUCCCCACUACAAUGUGAGUGAGGAUGGCACCCUGGUCAUCAGCCAGCCAUCUGCCCAGGAUGCAGGGGCCUAUGUCUACACGGCCACCAAUGCCGUGGGCUUCUCCAGCCAGGAGAUGCGGCUUUCUGUCAACACCGGGCCCGGGUUCCAUGUGAACAGGUCACAUGACACAGACAAGCCUCUGAGGGUCAUGGCCAAGGCUGGUGACGAGAUGACCCUAGACUGUGAGGCCCAGGGUACCCCACCCCCAUUGAUCACCUGGACCAAGGACUCCCGCUCUGUGCCUCCUGUCACCGACAGGUAA